AUGUAUGCUGCCGAAGGAGAGAAUUCCAUUCCAGUGCAAUGGUUGGCCAUAUAUGCCGAUCCAUUGGUAGUGUUACCCUCCAGAUCAGAGACACAAUUCCCAUAUGCCCUUAAAGUUGUCGCGCAAAACCACAGCUACAAUAGUGACGUCAUGUGGGAAGCUAUGCUCGACACAUUACCAACUGAGGCCUUUGAUGACUUCCCCAUGGCCCAGAAAAUGUUCAACUUCAUCAUUGAUGGCCUGUGA